AUGGCGGCCUUCUUCAUCACUUCUGCCUUGGCAUUGGCAGGCUCGGCUGUUGCGCAGCUCGAAGGUCGAGGCUUUCCAGAUUGUGGCAAUGGACCGUUGAAGAAUAACACUGUUUGCGAUACUACCGCGGACCCAUUGACGAGAGCGACUGCUUUGAUCAAUGCCUUUACAUUGCAGGAAAAGCUCAACAACACUGGCUCGACUUCUCCCGGAGUUCCUCGACUUGGACUACGCGCCUACACAUGGUGGCAAGAAGCACUGCAUGGUGUUGCAGAUUCGCCGGGUGUUAACUUCUCGGACUCUGGGCCAUUCCGCUAUGCAACAUCGUUCCCACAGCCGAUCUUGAUGGGAGCUGCGUUCGACGAUGAUUUGAUCCGAGACGUGGCUACGGUCAUUUCUACCGAAGCUAGAGCUUUCAAUAACGAUGAUCGUGCUGGGUUGGACUUUUGGACUCCAAAUAUCAAUCCAUUCAAAGAUAGUAGAUGGGGUCGUGGCCAAGAGACCCCAGGAGAGGACCCAUAUCACCUUUCCAGUUAUGUCGCUGCUUUGAUUGAAGGCCUGCAGGGUGAUCGCAACGACAAGUACAAGCGAUUGGUUGCCACUUGCAAGCACUUUGUGGCAUACGACUUGGAGAACUGGAACGGCAAUUAUCGGUACCAGUUCGAUGCGCAGGUCAACCAGCAAGAUCUCGUAGAGUACUACAUGCCAGCAUUCCAGCAGUGUGCCAGAGAUUCCAAUGUGGGUGCAUUCAUGUGCAGCUAUAACGCUCUGAACGGCGUGCCUACGUGUGCGGACCCUUGGUUACUGCAGACUAUUCUUCGCGAGAAGUGGAACUGGACUUCAGAGCAACAGUGGGUCACGUCCGAUUGUGACUCAAUUCAGAACGUUUACCUUCCACAUGAGUAUGGAUCCUCUCGCGAGGAAGCGGUUGCGUUAAGUCUCAAAGCUGGAACCGAUAUCGAUUGUGGGACAUACUACCAAGAGCAUUUGCCUGGAGCAUACGAGCAAGGCUUGAUCAACGUCACGGACUUGGACACCGCCCUGAUCCGUCAAUACUCCUCCCUCGUACGUCUUGGCUACUUUGAUGGUGACGCUGUGCCAUACCGGAGCCUAGCCUGGGACGAUGUCAACACACCACACGCGCAACAGCUAGCUCACAAAGCCGCCGUGGAAGGCAUCACUCUGCUGAAGAACGAUGGACUACUGCCACUCCCAAUCAGCAACGGCACCAGCAUCGCCUUGAUCGGACCCUGGGCCAAUGCCACAGAGCAAAUGCUCGGCAAUUACGACGGCAUUCCUCCCUACUUCCACUCGCCCCUCUACGCUGCUCAACAAACUGGUGCGACCGUAAACUACGCUGCCGGACCCGGGACACUCGACCCAACGACGAACUCAUGGCUCAACGUCUGGGCCGCUGCCAACAAGUCGGAUAUCAUCGUCUUCGCCGGCGGUAUCGACAACUCCGUCGAAGCCGAGGAGAUGGACCGUGUCACUAUCGCUUGGUCCGCACCACAACUUGACAUGAUCGGACAGCUCGCCACAUACGGCAAGCCGGUCAUUGUCUUGCAGAUGGGAGCCGGACAACUCGACAGUACACCACUCAUCAACAAUGCCAACGUUUCAGCCCUCCUAUGGGGCGGCUACCCAGGUCAAGACGGCGGCGUUGCCCUCUUCGACAUCAUCACGGGAAAAUCAGCACCAGCAGGCCGCCUCCCAACAACUCAAUAUCCAGCCAGAUACACCUCCCAAGUCCCCAUGACCGACAUGACGCUCCGUCCCAACAGCACCACUGGCUCUCCCGGCCGAACCUACAUGUGGUACAACGAAGUCCCCGUCUUCGAAUUCGGCUACGGUCUCCACUACACCAACUUCACCGCCAGUAUCGAAACCCCAUCAUCACCAUCUUCCUACUCCUACUCCAACUCCAACUCCAACUCCGCAUCAUCCGCGUCCUACGACAUCUCAACCCUAACAACAACCUGCACAACCCCCUACCCAGACCUCUGCCCCUUCACCACCUUCCCCAUAACCAUCACAAACACCGGCACCACCGAAUCCGACUACGUUGCUCUCGGCUUCCUCGCCGGCACCCACGGUCCCGCUCCGCGUCCCAACAAGCGUCUAGUGUCCUACCAGCGACUCCACAACCUCACCGCUGGCGAGUCUCAGACGGCACAUUUGAACUUGACGCUGGGGAGUCUUGCGAGAGUUGAUGAGAUGGGGAAUAAGGUGUUGUAUCCGGGGGAGUAUGCGUUGCUGGUGGAUACGCAGCCGCUCGCGAUGGUGAAUUUCACGUUGGGCGGUGAGGAGAAGGUGUUGGAUGAGUGGCCGCAGCCGCCGGCGGAUAGGGUUAAGUUUCCGAGGGCGAAGGAUCAGUACUUUGUGGGUGGGUAUGGGAGUGAGCAGGUCUUGGAGUAA